AUGCAGAAGGGCAUGCGUCUCAACGAUGGUCAUGUCACCUAUCUGGCGCUGUUGGCCAGGAAGGACGGCACAAGACGCGGAUGCCUGAGCAAGAAGAGCUCGGACAACACCAAAUGGCACCCCAAGUGGUUCUGCCUACUGCAGAACAUGCUCUUCUAUUUCGAGAAUGACUCCAGCUCGCGCCCCUCCGGACUCUACCUGCUGGAGGGAUGCACAUGCGACAGGGCGCCCUCGCCCAAACCACCUCCCUCUGCCAAGGAAUGUCUAGAGAAACAGUACUACUUCACAGUCACGUUUAAUCAUGACAACCAAAAGGCUUUGGAGUUGCGCACAGAGGAUGUCAAGGAUUGUGAUGAAUGGGUUGCCGCCAUCAUACAAGCCAGUUACAGGAAUCUGGCCACAGAGCAUGAGACCCUCAUGCAGAAGUAUCUACACCUUCUACAAAUUGUUGAGACAGAGAAAACGGUUGCCAAGCAACUUCGACAACAGAUAGAGGACGGGGAAAUAGAGAUCGAGAGGCUAAAAUCUGAGAUUGCUUCACUGCUAAAGGACAAUGAGAAGAUCCAGUCUAAUCCAGAGGUAUCUCCAAGUGACGACGACACUGAGAUCCAGAAGAUAAAAAAGGUCCAGAGUUUCCUGCGAGGUUGGAUUUGCCGCAGGAAGUGGAAAACCAUCAUCCAGGACUACAUCCGUUCACCCCACGCAGAGAGCAUGAGGAAGAGGAACCAGGUGGUAUUUAGCAUGCUAGAGGCUGAGGCCGAGUAUGUCCAACAACUGCAUAUCCUGGUCAACAACUUCCUGCGCCCGCUACGCAUGGCAGCGAGCUCCAAGAAGCCGCCAAUCACUCAUGAUGACGUCAGCAGCAUCUUCCUCAACAGUGAGACCAUCAUGUUCCUCCACCAGAUCUUCUAUCAGGGCCUGAAGGCCAGGAUAGCUAGCUGGCCCACACUGGUGCUCGCGGACCUCUUUGACAUCUUGCUGCCCAUGUUAAACAUCUACCAAGAGUUUGUACGGAACCACCAGUACAGCCUGCAGAUCUUGGCCCACUGCAAACAGAACCGCGACUUUGACAAGCUGCUGAAGCAGUACGAAUCCAAGCCUGACUGUGAGGAAAGGACGCUGGAGACCUUCCUAACGUAUCCCAUGUUUCAGAUCCCUCGUUAUAUCCUAACUCUUCAUGAAUUACUGGCUCACACUCCUCAUGAGCAUGUGGAGAGAAAUAGCUUGGACUAUGCCAAAUCCAAACUUGAGGAGCUUUCGAGAAUUAUGCAUGAUGAGGUGAGCGAGACGGAGAACAUUAGAAAAAAUCUGGCUAUCGAACGAAUGAUUGUUGAAGGCUGUGAGGUACUGCUGGACACCAGCCAGACCUUUGUCAGACAAGGUUCUCUGAUUCAAGUGCCCAUGAGUGAGAAGGGUAAAAUCACCAGAGGCCGUCUUGGUUCGUUGUCCCUGAAGAAGGAAGGCGAGAGACAGUGCUUCCUCUUUUCCAAACAUCUCAUCAUUUGCACUCGAGGCUCAGGGGGGAAACUGCACGUCACCAAGGUAGAGCCACAUUCAUCUGUAAAUGGUGUGGUAUCCCUCAUUGACUGCACACUAAUGGAAGAUCCAGAGGGCACCGAUGAUGAGCCCAAAGGGGAACGCUGUGGCCAGGACACCGAGCACCUGGAUUUCAAAGUGAUAGUUGAGCCUAAAGAUAGCCAGCCUUACACUGUCAUCCUCGUGGCUUCAUCACGUCAAGAGAAGUCUGCAUGGACGAGCGAUAUCAGCCAAUGCAUUGACAACAUCCGCUGCAAUGGUCUGAUGAUGAACGCGUUCGAGGAAAACAGUAAAGUCUCCGUGCCCCAGAUGAUUAAGUCCGACACCAGCUUGUACUGCGACGAUGUCGACAUUCGCUUCAGCAAGAUGAUGAACUCCUGCAAGGUGCUGCAGAUCCGCUACGCUAGCGUGGAGCGUUUGCUGGAGAGGCUGACUGACCUACGCUUCCUCUCUAUCGAUUUCCUCAACACCUUCCUGCACUCCUACCGUGUUUUUACUAGUGCAGCUGUUGUGCUGGACAAACUUAUUACCAUCUAUAAGAAGCCCAUCAGCGCCAUUCCUGCACGUGCCCUCGAGCUCUUCUUUGCCAGCAGCCAGAACAACAAACUUCUUUACGGCGAGCCGCCCACGUCGCCACGCGCCAGCCGCAAAUUCUCGUCGCCUCCGCCGCUCGCCAUCAGCAAGACGUCGUCACCCAACCGUCGCCGCAAGCUCUCACUCAACAUUCCCAUCAUCACAGGGGGCAAAGCUCUGGACCUGGCCGCGCUCAGCUGCUCCCCUAAUGGUUAUGCGAGCAUGCACACUGCCAUGUCCCCCUUUGGGAAGACCACCCUGGACAUCAACAAGCUGUUUGUGUCCAGCACCAUGGCUAGCAAGAUUCCAGAUGAGGGAGAAACCAAAGUUGAAAGCAAGGCUGAUGAGCCUAUGCUUAACAAGCAAGAGCUGUCAGUCAGAGAGGAAUGUGACGAAGAACCAUGUCAGAGUGACGAGACUGAAGCGGAGAUGUCUCCUCCCAAGUCACCGUCGACACCCAAGAACGUCAAGUCAAAAAAUUCCAGCGAGUUUACGUUGUUCUCCUUCAACAACAGCAUGGUGGUGUCAUCUUGCCGGGAGCUGGAUAAUAACCGCAGUGCCCUCUCGGCGGCCUCGGCCUUCGCCAUCGCCACUGCCGGUGCCAACGAAGGCACGCCGACAAAAGAGAAAUACCGCCGCAUGUCCCUUGCUGCCACAGGUUUCCCUACAGACCAGAGGAAUGGUGACAAAGAGUUUGUUAUAAGAAGAGCAGCCACAAACAGAGUCCUGAAUGUGCUGCGUCACUGGGUUUCCAAACACUCUCAGGACUUUGAGCUAAACUUAGAGCUGAAGAUGAGAGUAAUUGCCUUUCUUGAGGAGGUGAUGCAUGAUCCAGAGCUCCUGACACAGGAAAGAAAGGCUGCUGCUAAUAUUAUUAGGACUUUAGCACAGGAGGACUCUGGAGACAACCAGGUCACAUUGGAGGAAAUCAUUCACACAGCGAUGGAGGAGUGCAGAAACGAGCCGUUUGAGAGCCACUCUGCCCUGGAGAUUGCUGAGCAGCUCACUUUGCUCGAUCACCUGGUCUUCAAGGUCAUCCCAUAUGAGGAGUUCUUCGGUCAAGGCUGGAUGAAGAACGACAAGAAUGAGAGAACUCCAUACAUCAUGAAGACGACUAAGCACUUCAAUGACAUUAGCGACAGGAUCGCCACGGAAAUCUUACAGUGGGACGACGUCAACAUGCGGGUGGCGGCCAUCGAGAAGUGGGUGGCGGCGGCGGACAUUUGCCGCUGCCUACACAACUACAACGCUGUGCUGGAAAUCACAUCUUCGCUCAACCGCAGCGCCAUUUUCCGCCUCAAGAGGACCUGGCUUAAGGUCUCCAAGCAGACUAAAACAGUGAUUGACAAGUUACAGAAGUUGGUGUCAUCAGAAGGCCGCUUCAAAAACCUGAGGGAAGCACUCAAGAACUGUGACCCGCCUUGUGUUCCCUACCUGGGCAUGUACCUGACCGACCUGGCAUUUAUCGAGGAAGGAACACCUAACUACACGGAGGACAACUUAGUCAACUUUUCAAAGAUGAGAAUGAUUUCUCACAUCAUCAGAGAAAUUCGGCAGUUCCAGCAGACAGCUUAUAAAAUUGAUUAUCAACCGAAGGUGGCAAGAUACUUGUUGGACAGCAGCUCCGUGCUGGAUGAAGAGCGUCUCUACGAAGCAUCUUUGAGAAUCGAACCCAAAACGUCAUCGUGA